AUGGGAAAAGAUGGUGGUUUUUUGACGCCAAAAGCAAUUGGUAAUAGAAUUAAAGCCAAAGGUCUACAAAAAUUACGAUGGUAUUGUCAAUCUUGUGAGAAACAAUGUCGUGAUGAGAAUGGAUUCAAAUGUCAUAUACAAAGUGAAUCCCAUCAACGGCAAUUAUUAUUAGUGGGUGAAAAUGCAGGCAAAUAUGUUUCUAAUUAUUCACAUGAAUUUCAUAGCGGCUUUUUCAGUACAUUACGUCGUUCAUUUGGCACAAAACGUGUUUUAGCUAAUACAGUUUAUUGUGAAUAUAUUAAAGAUCGGGAACAUGUUCAUAUGAAUGCUACUCGAUGGGUUGCUUUAGCAGGUUAUGUUCGUUGGCUUGGAAGCCAAGGACUUUGUGAAAUUGAAGAAACUGAACGAGGAUGGUAUGUAACAUUAAUUGAUAAAGAUGCUGAUUCAGUACGACGUGAAAUGGAUGCUGAAAAAAAAGAAAAAAUGAAUUUAAGUGAUGAACAACGACGACAACAAUUAAUAGCUGAACAAAUUAGAAGGGAUCAAGAAAGAGGUAUUCAACAUGCUGAACCAGUAUAUACUGAAUUUGUUCGCAAUGAUGAAGAAGAAAAAGUACAAGUUACAUUUAAUAAAGUUGUUGUUGAAGAAAAGAAAAAAAUUCUACCACCAUCCAUUCUAGUUACAAGUAGUAAAAAACGAACUGAUACAACGGAUGAAACUCCAGAAGAAGUUGUUGUUAAAAAGAAGUCGAGAUUUGAACCUAUUGAAGAAACUGUUACAACAACAACAACAACAACUACUUCUGUUUUUAAAAAACCAUUCCCACCAGCUGCAUUAAAACCAAAAAAAUCAGCACUUGAAGAAUUACGAGAAGCACAAGAAAAAAUGAAAGAACAAAAAAAUCGUAAAGAUUAUUGGUUACAUGAAGACAUCAUAGUCAAAAUAAUAACUUCAAAACUUGGUGAAAAAUGUUAUAAAAAGAAAGGUGUUAUUACUAAAGUUGAAAAUCGUUAUCAAGCUGUUGUUAAAAUGCUUGAUACAAAUGAUAAAAUACGUGUUGAUCAAGCACAUGUAGAAACUGUUAUUCCCGCUAUUGGAAAGAAUGUCUUGAUUGUAAAUGGCGCAUAUCGUGGCGAAGAAGCAACAUUAGAAGAUAUACAUCAAGAUACAUUUUCUGUGGAUGUGACUAUACUAACGGGUUCAAUGGUUGGUACUCGAUUCAAUAAUAUUGCAUAUGAAGAUGUUUCAAAAUUGGCCGAUUAA